CAGAGGUGGAGUUCCAGUGAAGAAAUUCGAGCACAGCCGAGGGCUAUUCCUCUGUCCUGAGCAGUGAGAGCCUCCCCUGGACACAGGAUUGUCCGGGCCUUUAUUUGCACACAGUCAUGGGUCAGCUGUUCUCUUCAUCUAAGGAUGAUCGCCACAAUGAUUUGGCCUCCAGCUUUGCUGACUAUUUUAAGAAGUUUAAAACAGGAAACAAAAUCAUUCCUCAGGAAACCAUAGCUUCAAUUGAGUUAAGCCUGACACAAGGAAACAUUCAUGGAGCAAACUCUUCAAUCACUGAUGCAUUAAAAAAAAUUGACAGUAACCCACUCAAUGUUGCUUUGACCGGGGAGUCUGGAGCAGGGAAAUCUGCCCUCAUCAAUGCCCUGAGAGGGAUUGGGCAUGAAGAGAAAGACGCAGCUGAAAUUGGAGUGGUGGAAAAAACCAUGGAGAGACAUCCAUACAAUCACCCCAAUAUUCCCAAUGUGGUUUUUUGGGACCUGCCUGGGAUUGGAACCACAAAUUUCCCACCAAAAGAUUAUCUGGAGAAAAUGAAGUUCCAUGAGUAUGACUUCUUCAUUAUUGUUUCUGCCACACGCUUUAAGCAAAAUGAUAUAGACCUCGCCAAAGCAAUCAGCAUGAUGAAGAAGGAUUUCUACUUCGUGAGAACCAAGGUGGACUCUGACUUAAACAAUGAAAAGGAAUUCAAACCACGAACCUUUAACAGAGAAAAGGUCCUGCAGCAGAUCCGCACCAAUUGUGUGAAAACGUUUCAGGAGAAUAACAUUGAAGAACCACCAAUCUUCUUGAUCUCUAACAAAAAUUUGUCUGAUUAUGAUUUCCCAAUCCUGAUGGACAAGGUUAUGAGUGUUCUCCCUGUACACAAACGACAUGUUUUUAUGCUCUCCUUGCCUAAUAUUUCAGGUGCAGCCAUUGAAAAGAAGCAACAAUCCCUGAAACAGAGGAUUUGGCUGGAAGCCUUUACAACUGACCUCCUGAGAAUCAUCCCUUCCCUGACCCUCUUCAUGAGCAGUGAUGUGGAGAAUCUUGAGAAAAGCCUGAACUUCUAUCGAACUGUGUUUGGAGUGGAUGAUGCAUCCUUGCAGAGUUUGGCUAAGGACUGGCAAAUGUCAGUGGAUCAGCUCAAGGCAAAGAUGAAAUCUCCUAAUGUGUUCACAACUACAAAGAAAGAAACAGUACAAGAAAGGCUUUCAAGAUAUUAUGAGGAGUUCUGUUUGGCUAAUGGGCAUUUGUUUAAUAAGAAUGUUUAUGUUAAGGAAUUAUAUUGCCUAAAGUUAUAUUUCGUUGACAUGGUGACAGAUGAUGCUAAUGCUCUUCUCAAAGAGAUAUGUUCAAGAAACAACUUGGUUUCUGAUUAGGCUGAAAUCCUGUAGCUGUCAAACAUCAGAAUCAAUGACAGAAACACAGGACACUGAUAUUGCAAAACAACAUACUUAGUUUAUUCAUGCCAUCCAGGCUUUAUCCAUACUUAGUGUUCAUAUAUCCACAUUAGCUGUAGCAAGGGGAUCAAUCAGAUGUAUGUAAAUAAGCUGAGAUCUAAAAGCUAUCUACUCACUUUGAAUAAACCCUCAGAUGGAGUAAUUGCACACUUAUUUAAAUUAGUUUACUAUAAAGCAGCAUCCAUUUUUAAGUUUAACAUUGUGAUGGUUAUAGUUUUGAACAGACUUUAGAUCACAUGGGAGAUGAAACUCUGGACUUGAUUCGGGGAAUUAUUUUGCUUAUGUUAAUUGAUGUCGGGAGCCCUGCAUGCUACGGAUAGCAUCAUUCCCUAGCUAGUGUGUAUCUUUGAGUGUUUAUGUGGAGAGAGGUGCUAAUCAGCAGCAUGCUUUCAUUCAUCCAUUGCUCUCUGCUUUUUCACUGUGGGUAGAGUAGCACUAGCCGCCUCCAGCUGCUGCUGUGAAUUCUUGGUAAUGAUGGCCUCUGUAACCUUCAAUUUGAUACUUGUGUCCUUUCUUGAUAGCAGUACCCAAGGAAAAACCAUAACUGGGCUGGAGACAUGGCUUGGUAGAUAAAGAACUUACCUUACAAGUCUGAAUACCUCUGUUCAGAUCUCUAGAGCUCACAUAGAGCCAGCUAAGCAUCUGUAAUCACACACUCCUGUGGUGAGAUAGGAGGCAGAGACAGAGAAUCCUGGAAGCUCUGAGGCCAGCUCACCUGCCACAUGCAGCAGUGAAUAAGAGACCCUGACACAAGGAAGUGAAGGUAAAAGUCAACACCAAGGUUGUCCUUUGACCUCCGCACACAUGCCAUGUCAUGUUCAUGCCUGCAAUCACACGUGCAAAUGCACACAAACCAAAAGUUUAUUCUUCAGAAGAAGGAAGUUUUGGGGCAGUAGCUCAAUGGUAUCAUACUUGCCUAACAUGCUUGAGACCUCGGGUUCAAUCUCUAGCAUUCCAGAGAAAGGGUAAAAGGAGGGUGGAUAAAUGGCUCCGAGGUUAAGAACACUGGCUGUUCCUGCAGAGGACCCCGGUUCAAUUCCCACAUAACAGGACCCACAUAGUAGCUACAGUAGACUGUAUCUCCUGUUCCAGGGGAUCUGAUACCCUCUCCUAACCUAAACAGGGACCAGUCACAGAUGUGUUAAAAGAUAUACAUGCAAGGCAAACAUUCAUAAAAUAAAAGUAAGUAAAGAACAAAAUUUAAAUAUAUAUGUUUAAAUAAAGAGCUAACAUGUGCACAAGAGAAACAAUAACCAUAGAGAUUGCAAUAGUCUUAAUAAUACCUAAGAUUACUAAAUAUUCUAUUUAAUCAAAAUGCUUGAGAAAAUGUUAAAGAAGCUCUCUAAUUAUGUGCCAGAACCAGUGAAGAUGAAUAAAUUCCUCUACUUUAUAGAUUUUAAAUGCUGUGAUUACUAAAAUACUGAUUUACUCCAUAUCAAUAAAAACCAUUUAAUAAAUUCUUUUGUU